AUGAUGGAAAUGGAAGCAAAAGACAAUAUCUUACUGGAAAAACUAUUUGGAUCUGAUAUACCCACAUUACAUGAAUUAGCUAAUAAUGUGGAUUUAUUGUUCUUGAAUGUUCAUCCAAUAUGGAUAGACAAUCAGCCUGUUCCACCAAAUGUAGUGUUUAUUGGAGGUAUUCACAAACAGCCAUCAGACGAAAUUCCGACGGAUCUUUUACAUUAUUUGAAUGAGUCUACAAAUGGAAUUGUUUACAUAAGUUUUGGUACCAAUGUUAACCCAUCUCUGCUACCUCCGGAAAAAAUGGAUAUAAUUACAAAGGUACUUUCUAAGCUACCUUAUAGCGUUUUAUGGAAAUGGGAUAAAGAAGAGAUGCCAGCUCAGAUAAAUAAUAUAAAAUAUAUUCCAUGGGUACCACAAAAGGAUGUUCUGAGUAAGUACACAAGAGAGUUCUUAUAG